AUGAAGUUCUCCGUCGCCUCAGCUGUGGCCGCCAUGUUGGCCGUGGCCCAUGGCCUUCCUAGUGCCGUGCCACGCGAGCUGGAAUCUCUCCACGCCAGAGGCGGAGUCACCUGGACGGGCGAGGUUCUCCCCGGCAAGAACUUCACCUUCAGCGGCACCAUCCAGGAGGUCCAGGCACAAAUCCUGGCCCAGAACCCCAGCUACUUCGACCAGUAUGUCAACGUCACCGACAGUGAGCCCGAGACCCAUCUCGAAAGGCGAUGGACGGAGAAGCAGCCCCCGGACUGCAGCUACGGCCAUUACAUGCGCCGCAUCUACGCUGUUGCCGCCGCUGACGGAGCCGUCACCCACGCAGAACUCAAGGCCAAGCACGGCGGCACGGCCUUGUGCGGUGCGCCUCCGAGGCGAGGACCCGGACUCGGCGGUUGCUCCAGAGUCAGCUGCAGCUGGGGAUCGCAGAUGUGGUUGUGCAACGACAACGACUACCACUUGGACCUCCCUUGCACCGAGGUUGCCUCUGCUCUGCUCGAGCUGAGCAAUGUCUGCUACUUUGUCCAAGAGGGUGGCGAUACCCAGGUACAAGGCCAGCUGUUUACUACGGAUAACUGGAAUGUCAUUAUUGACUAUUACGGCGACUGCCACUCGAGUCCUACUGUGGGAUAG